CUUGAAAGUUUUUCUUGGUAGGCCAAAGGGGUCACCAUCUAUAUACUUACUACAUUUUCCUAGGUUCUUUUUAUUUUUAUUUUUGGAUUAAAAAAAAAAAAUGACAAGGGUUUUGGAUAUUCAAAGUUGUGUUGUGUUAUUGUGCCUUGUUUUAGCAUUGGGUGAUCAUUGGGUGACUCGAAUUGAAGCCCGGGCUUUCUUCAUAUUCGGAGACUCGUUGGUAGACAAUGGCAACAACAAUUACUUGGCCACCACUGCUAGGGCGGACGCUCCACCUUAUGGCAUCGACUACCCGUCUCAUCGCCCCACCGGCCGUUUCUCCAAUGGCCUCAACAUCCCCGAUAUUAUUAGUGAGCAUAUGGGUUGGGAACCAACAAUGCCAUAUUUGAGCCCAGAGCUAACAGGCCAAAGACUGUUGGUUGGAGCCAAUUUUGCUUCUGCUGGAGUUGGAGUACUUAAUGACACUGGAGUUCAAUUUGUUAAUAUAAUCAGGCCCUUCCAGCAGUUGCAAUAUUUCGAGCAAUACCAACAAAGAGUGCGCGAAAUUGUCGGAGAAGACGAGACCAAGAGGCUUGUGAACGAUGCUCUUGUUCUCAUCACUUUGGGAGGGAAUGAUUUUGUCAAUAAUUAUUAUUUGAUUCCAUAUUCGGCGAGGUCUCGCCAAUAUUCUCUCCAAGAUUACGUGCCAUAUGUCAUUUCUGAGUACAAAAAGCUCUUAAAGAGAUUGUACAACCUCGGCGCGCGUAGGGUCAUAGUAACCGGGACGGGGCCACUAGGAUGUGUUCCAGCCGAGCUGGCGCAGCACAGCCGUAGAGGUGAAUGUGCCGAUGAGCUACAAAAGGCAGCAUCCCUCUACAACCCUCAACUUGUCAAAAUGCUCGGAAAACUCAACCGCGAAGUCGGGAGAGAUGUUUUUAUUGCAGCCAAUACUAAUCAGAUGCACAUGGACUUCAUCUCCAAUCCACAACAAUUCGGAUUUGUAACAUCGAAGAUAGCUUGUUGCGGACAAGGACCGUACAAUGGAAUCGGCCUCUGCACGCCGUUGUCUAAUUUGUGUCCGGAUCGGAGUUUGUAUGUGUUUUGGGAUCCAUUCCAUCCAUCUGAAAGGGCCAACAGAAUUAUAGUUCAGCAAAUUCUUGGGGGAACUAAUUCAUACAUGAAUCCCAUGAACCUCAGCACCAUCAUGGCCGUCGAUUCGAAGCUGUGAUUGAAGGAAAAAUGGCCAAAAAAGUGAAAUGUGAGCCCCAGAAAAACAGCCCAAUUUCAUGAUUUUCUUAUUUAUCACUUAUUUUUCUUUGCUACAAAUUGUUGUAUUUUGAUUUAUAAUUUUAUGUUGCUUCCUUCAUCUAUGUUACAGUGUCACUGAUCGAUGUUGUGUCUCUUUGUAAUGGAUCUUUAAUUUCUAUUUGCUAUGAACAAAUAAUAG